CGGGAUUGCACAACUCCAUGAAACUGAUCGAAGGGAGAAAAUACUAUAAAUCAUGGAUGAAAAUAGAUAUAUCAACCACUUUACAGAACAGAGGCAUAAGAGGCCCAUGAGGAAAAAGGACGGACGGGAAGGUAAAUCUUACAACAUUGUAAGUUUAACGUGCAAGAAAGAAUCUCGCCUGUCUUGAGAGCAGAACGGGACAACUCGGCGAAACCUUGCCAGCCCGAGGCCGAGAAGACCGAGACUUUACUCUUAGGUACCUUUUGUCAAGAAUUAGUUACCUUCAUAUCACAUCAUGGUGCGCCGAGAAGGGACCCGCUUUGGUAUAAAUACCAAUCACAACAUCAAGCGUCUGCCAUUUCCAUACAAGAAUGUCUACGCACAACAGAAUGUUGUUGUUGAGGCAAAGUUGGAUGCAGAAGGUUGCCAGUCAAAGAAACAAGCUGAGAUGACUCUCAAGAAACAGCUUCAGAAAGACACAUUUAAUACCCAACCUGGUGACAAGACAUCAAGGACAAUCCCGUUCUCUCUGAACAAGGCCAAGAGAUGGGAAGUUAUUGAAGAUAUCAAGGAAGAGAGUCACCAUGGCAACCAUUACAUCAUCCGAGAGCAUCACAUGCUUGAAAGGUCAUCUCGUUGGUAUGCUUCUCACGCCUGCGUCCAAGUCUUUGACUCCUCAGCUGAGACUCCGCUCAGAUCACCCAAGAAGAAAUAUGCAAAGGCUACCGACCUCAUCAAGAUGGACAAGACUGAGGGAGUGGUCAAAGAGGAAGCAGAUUUCGGAAAGAAGAACUGCAAGCGAUCAAGAAAGAGGAAAGCACGUCAGGUUGAAGAGGAAGCUGGAAGUUUAAUCCAAUAUGAUGUCAGUCGGGCCGCACCAAGAGAAACCUAUCAGGCCUGUGCUAUAUCUUCCUCUAAUUCAGGUUGCAGACAUAGAAACAGCAGGAAUCGAUCAAAGAAGUUAGAUCAGUGCAAAAUGAAUGACUCCUUCUGCGAUGGUUUGUGGCAACUCUCUGAUAAUUUCAUAGAUGAAGAAGAGGAGGAGGAGUACUUCCAGGUGGAAAACGAGGAUGUACCUUUUCAGAUUACCAUGGAAACCAAGGAGGCAGAGUCCUAUGAUGUUGCCAUGGAAGCCUUGGUGAGUGGAUCCAUGAGUUUAUCAGCUGUGUGUUACCUGGACCAUGGAAGACCCUCACAGUGUAAGCCAGUGAAGUCUACCAAGAAUCGGGUGUUCCUUGUUGAUGAGAAGGAUGCGUUGGCUGCUAUCCAAUACCAGAUCCCAAAUAUAGAGAAGAGGAAAGAGACGAGAGCCGCGAAGAGAGCCGCUAAGAGGCGAGCAGCCAAGAAUGCCAAGAAACAUGCCGAGGUGGAGUCAGUGAAGGAACCAGUAGAACCACCACCACCACCACCACCACCACCACCACCACCACCUACUGUCCCAGUGAAACCAAGUGAAGUCAUCACUGUACAGGCCGAUGAUGUCACUGAGGAAAACCUGAGAGGAAAGUUUGGGGAUCGCUUCAUAAAGGGUCAAUGCAUGCCUCCUCGUUUUGCCAUCAACAUCAGCGAGAGUGUCAUCGAGCAUCUAGCAACCAACCCUGGCAAUCCUGCUCUAUCUAAACUCCUCCAGCAGACUGGACACCACAUCUUCACCAUCCUGGAGUGUUCACUAGAUCCCUGGCAAGUGAUGAGACAUGAUGGGAGACUGGUGGAGAGCAUCAGAAUGAAGGUCUCUGGGGUCGAUGAAGGACAGGAGACAUUGACAGGUGCCUUGUCCCGACUGAAGAGUGAUAGAAUCACAGACGUGGUUGAUGCUAUAAGCCAGUCAGUGGCACUGCUACCAGCCGACAGCUACCUCAUAGAAAAAGAAGUUUCCUGUUAUAGCACCAAGCCUACCUUAGUUGUUGGUACUGUGCAGACUACGCUUGGCUGGCAUUACCAUACAACCAAUGCUAAUAAAGCUAUUCAAACAGCACAGAUAAAUGACGAGGAGCCUGAAGGUUGUUUGGUGUCUUGUGGGGCAUCCAAUUCUUGUGAGUCAUGUAGCAUCUGUUAUGAGGAGCUGAAUGAAGACUACCGGCAUGGUACUGCUCUUGUUGCCUGUAAUCAUUGGUUCUGCGAUGAAUGUUGGAGGAGCCAUCUAAUUACUCAGAUCAACCAAGGAAAUAUUCACAUCACAUGCCCUGAGUAUAAAUGCACCGCGUCUGUGGACAGGGUCACCUUGAUGUCCUUGGUGCCUUCGAGACUCUUCUCUCGUCACCAUACCAGCCGGAUGAACAGUGCCCUCAUGAGGCGAUCUGAGCUGCAUUGGUGCCCGAGUCCGUACUGCGGUCGAUUACUGAGUCUGUCCCAUCCAAACAGACUGGUUGCUGUAAACUGCGAAUGCGGUACAUUCUGGUGUUCCGGAUGUAAAGAAGAGGCUCAUUGGCCGGCUUCAUGCAAACAGGCUAAGCUCUACAGACGCGAAGCAAAGAAUUUGUUCAAGAAGAAAGUCGAAGAUGGAUGUAUUCGUUACAUCAGUGCUAAGCCUUGCCCUCGAUGUGGUUACCCAAUUGAGAAGUACUAUGGCUGCAAUGAAAUGGUAUGCAAGUGUGGACACUCUUUUUGCUGGGAUUGCGGCAAAGCCUUUGAUUCAUCUCACUACAAUUGUCAGUCAAGGAAAUGGCUAAAUAAGGUAUAUUCCAUUCAGCCUGAAGACAUUGUAGAAAAGACUGCCGUUGAGCUCGCUAUGCUCCAUCACAGAGAGAGGACCAGCGCUGCCUGCCAUCGUCGUAUCAGAAGUGCAAGGAAAUUGGCAACCAAGAUGUUGAAGACUGAGAGAGACCAAUCAGGGAAGGAUUCAGAGAGUACCUCAACUGUGUCUAUGACCACCAGUGAAUCCUGUCGUCAACUCAUAGAAAUGAAGCAAACUCUUGUUGAGGUUGCCAACUUUGUCUCAGAGGCUGAAUUUGUGUUGGAGCAUCUUGAGAUCUUGCUAUCAGGUUCAUCUCGUGAUGGCUACAGGAGGGCACUCCUGGAACACAAGACUAGGCUUCUCUUUAUUACAGAGAGACUUCAGAAGAUUUUCAAGCAAGGGGUUACUGUUGAUGUUGCAGAUGUGGAGCAUCUGUUAAACUGUGGGAAAGAUUGCUUAAGAUGGAUUGCAUUGUCAACCGCACAACUCACCAGAAGCAUCGAAUCAACUGAACAGUGAAUGACAAGCAGUGAACACAAUAUUUCUUAUACUCUCGCCUAGGUGAGGUUUUGAGGAGGCGAGUUGGCUCAGUCGGUAAAGCGUCUGCCUGUCGAACCAAAGGUCAAAUCCAACCCAGGCAGAUGACUGAAGCCUGCGUUGUGUGUUAACGUGCCCCAUUCCUUCUUUUAUAGCACAGGCUAUCCUAAGUGGAAAACACAAACACUUCGUCUCUCGGAUAGGAUGUUAAAUGGAGGCCCCGCGUAGAAGAGAGUCACCACCUUUGCACGUUAAGAACCCACGUAUAAGAGUAGGGGAAACCCUGGUGUAGUGGUCCACUUGCAAACCUCCAAUCAGUUACACUGGGAGGAGAGACCCAAGGGUUACAGUGAUUCAGUUCGCAUUUCGCCUUCCAGGCACAGGUGACGCCAAAUACUUAAUAAUAAUAUAAAUCAUGCCUUAUGAAUUGUAACAACAGACAGAAAGAUGUGACAUUGAAGGCGCAAUUUGUGCAAUAUUUGUUCUACAUUGAGACAUGAUGAGAUACAAUGAAUGUAUUCAAAUUAUUUCAAAAAUGUAAAACUUCAAGAUACAAAAUAAGCAAUGAAAUGUAUAUACUAGAAGAAACAAGAGAAUUGUUAUAUGAAUAAAUGUAUAUAGUCAAACACCUUAUUUAAAUGCUUUAGAGAUUGGACGAUAUAUGAAAGAAACAGAAUUGUGUAGCGUGUGACUGCAUACAGUGAUUCUUUACAGUUUUAAUCUUGUAGCAUUGGAUUUGUUAAACUUUGUAACACUGUUCAUACAUGAUGAAAUCUAUAUUUCUUAUAUUUUUAUAUUGUACUUAAAUGUCUUUCAUAAAUUCAUAUAAACAUGUAUAUAUGUAUAUUUGUAUAGAUAUAUAAUGAUUAAAACAAUUGAAAUACAACCCUUGAGAGUCACUCGUAGAAGAUAACUCUCAAGGAUUUUUAUUUCAGUAGUUUUAAUCGUUAUUUGUAUAGUACUAUGAUGGAAGAUUAUCCCAAUUAAAUUAUUUUUUAAUAUAUAUAUAUAUAUAUAUA